AUGCUGAAGGUCAGAGUCAAGGAAGUCAUCGUGCAAGUACUGAGCAAGCUGAACAGCAAGCUACACAAAGAGGACGAAAGGAGAGGUCAAGGACCAGCCUGGCUGUACCUUGACCGGGUUGGAAGGCAAUUCAAGUAUGUGAAUUGGCAUGCUGCAGAGUACAAGUAUACCUCACAGCUUGGGGUUAUUCUGAAACGCGAAUACUCAGGCACUGUGAAGGACCUUGACAAUGAUGGUAGAAUUAUUCGUAGCCGCCCUGCACUCCAUUGGGCAGAUUAUUGUUUGAAAGAAAAUGAAGAAUAUGGAGAGACAUGUGCAGAGCGAGUGGUGAAUGAAUUUUGGCGAUUGUUUUCUACAAGAGAAGAAUUAAAGGCAGAGGCUAACCGUGUCUUACAACAAUAUGCAAACAAGCGCGUCAAUGAUAUGAUGUAUCAACUUCGUGUUGAUGCUGUCAAGCUCUACUUCUUUAAAGUGCGUGGGGAAAAGAUUAAAGACGAAGUAGCCCGUACAAUUGAACUCUCAGACGAGGAAUACCUGCUGGCUCGUGUGGAAUGGGUUAGUGAAUCAGAUUGGCCUUCUCUCUGCCACCACUGGGACACUGAGCAAUACCUUGAGAAGCGGAAAAAAGCCCAAGAUUCAAGGCUACAAUCUGAAGACGAUUCUCGGAAUAGAGGAGGAUCAAGGCCAUUUACUGAGACACAACAGUGGCUGGCACAUGACUUUGGACCUGAGAAGGCUACUGGACUAAACACAUUUGGUGUUAUGAAAUCAGGUGCAAAAAACGUGGACAGUACUGGAACUCAUGGACGGAUCGACAACCAAAAGGCAGAAAAAAUCAUGUUUCUUUAUGAAAAGACAGGAGUGGAACCACCAUCUGAGGAAGAUGUAGUGCCACCUGCUAAUGAAGAUCUAAUGUCUCCUGCGCAUGUCCAGCGAACUGGUUCUUCUCAUGCGGGCUCACAGCAGGAAGCUGAAAAUGAUGGAACCACUGACACCAACAUGGGCAGUGAGGAGAACGUGGUCUGUGAGGUGAACAUCGGCUGCGAGGCGAACAAUGGAUGCAACAGAAAUCAAGUACAGUUAACGACAGUGAUCGGCAAUGGCGGCACGAAGGCGAUCGUCAUCGACGUCGAACCGGGUGAUGAUUCAUCACCCACCAGCAAUGGUAGCCCUGCUGCCCCGGAGGCGGAAGGCCAAAGGUAUUCGUCGCAAGAAGAACGCGGUGAUGGAGGUGGUUCCAGCUGCGGCUUCCAUGUCGUAGAUUUAACCAGCAAUAUGGUGGUGCCCGACGACACGACGACUGAAGAUCAACCUCGCCCCGACGCCGGAACGAUCAACGGCGACGACUGUCCGUGCCAGAUCAGAAGGGUCCAUGGCCGUGUCCGCGAUAUCGACCCCGGCGCGUACGACCCCAUGGUGGUGUCCCUCGGCCCCUACCACGCCGACCGCAAAGACCUCCGGCCAAUGCAGAAGGAGAAAUGGCGCUGCGUAGAGUACCUCUGCGACCUCACAGGCACCCCGAGCUACGUCGAUUACUUGCCGGUGAUGGAUCGCGUCUGUCCCGACGCGAAGACUUACUACUUGGAUGAAACCGGCCAUGGCCGGAGCAGAGGAGGAAACGGCGCCGGCGGCCUCGCCCUCGCCGUCGAGCAUGCCAACUUCCUCCAUAUGCUGCUGCGAGACGCCGCGUUCCUGCUCGUGUCCAUCGGAGCGCUGGACAAGCUGAAGAAAGCCGACGAGGGCGGCGCCGAACAGCGGAGCCAGGACCGGUGGAAGGACGUCGCCAUCGCCCACGACAUGCUUCUGCUCGAGAACCAAGUCCCCUUCGUCGUCGUCGAGGACCUCUACCGUGCCGCCAUCGACACCGCAGGCCGCCGUGGCUGCGACGUUCCCUCCCUCUCAACCGUCAUGGGGAAAUUCAUCCGGGGCGUGAUACAAGAGGCGGAAGAACAAGAUCUACCACUGCCUCAUCAUCUGGAUGGCAAGACUCCGCACCAUCUUCUGCAUCUGUGCCACACGCUACUCGAGCCGACCCCCAAAGAACCUGCGUCCCCGGUCCCGGACAACGUCGCCGCCCGGGUGAAGCGGCGGUGGCAUCGCGCGGCGCAGUACCAUGUCAACGGCGUUGGGUUGAAGAAGAGGCUCUUCAGCGGCGGGGUAGAUCACAGCCACCACAGCCUGCUCGACGUCAAGUUCAAAGGCGGCGCGCUGGAGAUCCCCGUCCUCCACGUCUACGACAACACCUGCAGCCUGCUCCGCAACCUGAUCGCCAUGGAGCAGGCGAGCUCCGACUCCGGCGUCGGCCACUACGUCACGGCGUACUGCAUCUUCCUCUCCCGGCUCAUGUGCACCGCCGAGGACGUCACGCUGCUCGCCAAGAAGGGCAUCGUCGUGCACCACCUGGGCAGCGACGAGGUGGUGGCCGGCCUCUUCGCCGACCUGUGCAAGAACGUCGUGUUCAACGAGGACGACGACGAGUGCAACUACCACAGGGCGGCGUGCAAGGCGGCGGACGAGCGGUACCAGAAACGUGUCUGGAACUGGAUGACGUUGCUCAAGCACAAGCACUUCAGUAACCCGUGGCUGGCGAUGGCGACUGUCGCCGCCGUUCUUGUCACCAUCUGCACGGUGGUGCAAACCUUCUUCACUGUAUUCCCAAGGAAGUAA